AAACUACAUCUACACGCGGAAGUAAACGUCAACGAACCUUAAGACUAAGAAAUUGAAUUUUCAAACGGAGUGUGGGCGAAGAACAUAAAUUGUAUUAAAGACGACACAGAAGUGAAAAGUAUAUUUUAAAAGAACAGAAAACAAAAAAGAAAAGAAAAGAAAAGAAAAUUUGUGGAUCGUGGGAAAAAGGACAAGGACAUCAACGGAUGCGAACGGUACAAACAAGGGAACUUUUCUUCAAUUUCCAUAUCCGGACUAAGGAUGCUAAUGGAUUAUGGAGAAUGAUUCAAACUGGGGAAUGAUUACUGCUGUGAAUCUUAGUCACUGCUACCAAUAUUAUUGAGUUAUAAGCUUAUCAAUGGCUCCUGGAGGCAGCACUUACAAAGAAGUUCUUGAGUCUCACUCCACAGCGACUGACUAUGACAUAGCAAUGACAAAAGCAGACACUAAUCUUACACCUGCAAAAACUACUGCUGGCUUGAGUGGAAAAAAGGGAACCUCUUCACCCAAUGGUGUCCAUGAGCUACUUGAAUGUCCUGUAUGCACGAGUUUAAUGUACCCUCCGAUCUACCAGUGUCCAAGUGGCCACACCUUAUGUUCAAACUGCAAGAGUAGAGUGCACAACUGUUGCCCAACUUGCCGCCAUGAGCUUGGAGAUAUAAGGUGUUUGGCUUUGGAGAAAGUUGCAGAGUCAUUAGAACUUCCCUGCAGAUAUCAAAGUCUAGGUUGUCAUGAUAUCUUUCCAUACUACAGCAAGCUCAAGCACGAGCAACAGUGUCGAUUCCAUCCAUACAACUGCCCAUAUGCUGGGUUUGAGUGCUCUGUCACUGGGGACAUCCCAACCCUUGUUGAGCAUCUCAAGGGUGAUCACAAGGUUGACAUGCACGAUGGGUGUACCUUCAACCAUCGAUAUGUCAAAUCAAAUCCUCAGGAAGUUGAAAAUGCCACAUGGAUGCUAACUGUGUUCAACUGUUUUGGGAAGCAAUUCUGCUUGCAUUUUGAGGCUUUCCAGCUUGGAACAGCACCAGUCUACAUGGCCUUUCUGCGAUUCAUGGGUGAUGACAAUGAAGCAAAGAAGUUCAGCUACAGUUUGGAAGUCGGUGGCAACAGCCGCAAGCUAAUAUGGCAGGGAGUUCCAAGAAGUAUCAGGGACAGUCAUAGGAAAGUUCGUGACAGUCAGGAUGGACUCAUCAUUCAAAGGAACUUGGCUCUCUACUUCUCUGGAGGUGAUCGGCAAGAGCUGAAGCUGAGGGUCACCGGCCGAAUUUGGAAAGAAAGUGAAUUAUGGAAAGACAAUGGAUGUUAGGGUGAAUGUACAUUAUCCAAAAGGUUCUAAGACCCCACUUGGGGCUGCUUCAAUAUGGCAAAUGGAUGAAGUUUGAUACAUUGUUAUUGGGGUUGGUUUCUUCUUUUUGUGUUGAAGUUGUAAUUCUGAUGGGGGUUUGGAGUCUCUUUACAAACUGAAUCAAAUGAAACUGAACUUGUAAUUCACUACUAUGGAAAGAUUGUAGUUGAAAGUAAUCUUGAAAAAUGAAACUUCACAUUUUGCAUUAUGUUGGAGAAGAUUCAUGCAA